GCGGCCGCUGUCAGUGCGCGAGUCGUCGCCGCCGGUACGCCUGGUGUGCUGGCACACAGACUGCGCUGUCUAAAAACGUGCACGUUGCAGCCGAAGCACACUUUCUCAGGCGCUUGAAAAUGGCCGAGGACGAAGGACGGGUGAAGCUGAAGAAGGAGAUCGGCCUCUUCAGUGGCGUCAUGAUCGUGGUCGGCACUAUAAUCGGCUCUGGUAUUUUCGUCUCCCCGAAGGGAGUGUUCGAGCACGCCGGCUCUGUGGGCGCCUCGCUUGUCAUAUGGGUCCUGUGCGGUCUAUUUUCCAUGAUCGGCGCCGUAUGCUACGCCGAGCUGGGCACCUCCAUUCCCCGAUCCGGCGGCGACUACGCGUACGUGCUGGAAGCGUUCGGCCCGCUCUCCGCUUUCCUGAGGCUUUGGGUGACGGUGCUGGUGGUGCAGCCGGCCACCCUCGCCGUUCUCAGCCUUACGUUCGCCACGUACAUGGUGAAGCCCUUGUACCCGGACUGCGAACCACCGGACCUGGCACUCAGGCUCAUGGCCAUCGUCUGCCUCUGUUUAUUGACGUACGUGAACUGCAAGAGUGUCAAGCUGGCGAUGAAGGUACAGGACGUCUUCACCACAGCCAAACUGGCAGCGCUGGCACUUAUCAUCGUCACAGGCAUCGUUCGGAUUGCGCAAGGAGAAGUCGGGUACCUGCAAAAUAGUUUCGAGGGAGAAUACUCUGUUGGUGGCAUCUCGCUGUCCUUUUACGCCGGCCUUUUUGCAUUCGGCGGAUGGAAUUAUUUGAAUUAUGUGUCCGAGGAAUUGAAGGAUCCAAACAGAAACCUACCGAGAGCUAUAUACAUCGGUAUUACGCUUGUGACGGUUGUUUACGUCCUCGCCAACGUUGCCUACUUCACAGCAGUGUCUCCCCAAGAAAUGCUUGCAUCGCCGGCUGUUGCUGUGACUUUCGCACAGCGUACAAUUGGUGUCGUAGCGUGGAUCAUGCCAGUAUGUGUCAGCUUGUCCACUUUCGGAGGCUUGAACGGGAUCAUGUUUACUAUUGCAAGAUUAUUUUUCAUUGGAGCAUUGGAAGGGCACCUUCCCAUGAUAUUUGGUAUGAUAAACACGCCUAAGCUAACUCCGACUCCGCCUCUUUUAUUAUCUUGUGCAGUGGCGCUGCUGAUGUUUGUGACGAGCGACAUCUUCGUCCUCAUCAACUACUUGAGCUUCAACCAGUGGCUCUGGGUGGGCGUCUCCAUCCUGGGCAUGCUGUGGCUGCGUUACAAAAGACCAAACAUGCACAGGCCAAUCAAGGUUCCCCUUAUCUUCCCCGUUGUGUUCCUGGCCAUGUGCACCUUCCUUACGUUCAUGCCCUUGUAUGCCAGCCCCACGGAGACUGGAAUGGGCCUUGUAAUUCUUGUCACUGGCAUUCCUGCUUAUUACAUAUUCGUUAUUUGGAGUCCGAAAAACAAAGUGAUCCGAAAGUUUUCUGAAUUUAUGACAAUAGAGAUGCAGAAGUAUCUGGAAGUCAUACUUCCUGAGCAAGAAGAAAAGCUUCUGGAAGUUGAAUCCUGAAGGCUGCAAUCAUGCUUUCAGGAACUUAAUUCUAAAGGACCAGUCAGCUCACUUACUGCAGUGUGCGUUCUCAUACAGAACCCGUGUCGCUUCAAUAUGGGAACAACGACGUCAAAAACCAGGAAAACACCGGUGUAUGUUGAUUUUUGUCAGAUUGUUAAAAUACUUGUCCUGCCCAAGCAUUACUGAAUGUUGCUAUACCGAAGAAAGAAUGACUUAACUUCUUGUAGUGAGCCGGAAACCUACUUGUAAACUGACAUGAUGAACUGGAGGGACGUGAACAGGGGCCGAAUUCACAAAGCUUUUCGUUCAUAAGUACUCUUGCCAUUUGCCGACCGCCUUCGCUAAUGUUAUGUCUAACACCACGAUUGGCUGACACCUGCUUCUACGAACAGUUUUAGCGAACGAACGUUUUUGUGAAUCCGGCCCCAGAGUCGUGACGGUAGUAACAAGUCAAACUUCAAUUUUUUCAUUAGCAGGUAAAUGCGCUCGAAAAAGUAUUAUCGUGUGUUGAUUACUCGUCUUGCAGUGCCUUGGAAGGUUAGGAAAUAUUUACCAUUUUCUGAGACAGGAGAACGUGCGAAUCAGUAGGCGUUACUCUUUCAAGGAAUAGCGCUAAUUUUUAUCACAAUGUUGCUUUUAGCCUUCUGAUUGCUGCUUCGUCUAAUCUUGCAAAAUCUAGCUCAAGUAAGAAAAAGAAAAAAGAUGUGAAGAUAUUUAGCGCGAGUGCCGGGAGUGGUUUUAUUUCUCGAAGGGUACUGCGGCUCUUCACUCAGUUUUGAUUGCUGUUCCAAAAUUACUUUAACGUAAAACAAAGUGUCACUUCAUCAUGCCUUGAGUGCUGUUGCAUUGUCGUCGUUGCCGUGAAGGAACAUUUGGCGAUGGUGUCAAGUGAAAGGAAACGUUCCAUCCACGCAAAAAAUUAUACGUCCUACCUUUCGGAGUACUGUAUUUCGCACUCCAAAGGCAGCUGAGCUGUAGUCAAGCUUAUGCGGGCAGCUGUCUCUACGCGAAAGGAAAACAAUUUGUCUCCUAGCUUCCGGCCAGAGAUAGUUUCCCCAUCACCGCGUGCACGCCAACGCGUCCGUUUACAGUCGCCGGCGGUUCUGACGUGCAUCGCGUCACUUGAAGCGCCAUCUGAUAACCGGCAUCAUCAAAAGAUGGCACUGGUUGUGGCGUUAGACAGGGGUCGUAUAACGUGAAACUGUUCCAUUCGGACUGCCGUUUUCCAGGCGUUUCAUUCCGCGUCAAUUCUCCCUGUGCAAUCUGAAUAUCGUGUGCAGGCUGACCACUAGCUUGGUAUAUCUUUUCUCGAAAAUCCUCCUUGCAGCAUUGUGCUGAGUCUGAAUGUAACAGCACUUAUGGGACAUUUCAAUAUUCCCAUUUGAUCUCGUGCAAAUAAGUUGUCGUAAAACGCCGGCGUAAUGAUGGCUUCACAAGCCAAGUGCCAUGUGUGUCCUUUAUAUGGUGGUUUUUGGUGGCCGAAAGAAACGUCAGAAAGAAUUUUUGAGCAUGUAAUUAACGGAGGUCUAGAUCGCCUUUCUGUGCAUUUCAUUUCGGGCUGGUAGAGGCUAUGCAAUAGACACUAACACCUUGUUUGUGUUCUUUAGCUGAUAGUUCAAAAUUUUGUGUUUACAACAGUUUGACAUGAUCCAGUUCUUUGUUUGUUGCUGGGGUUGGUUGUUGUUUUUUAGCUGGUGUACUUUAAUCAUAUUUUUUACUCUGUGCCACAGGAGCACAAACACAUGUUGUUCGGUUCAUUUAAAAUUGCAUGAAGCCAUACCGUUACUUGUGAUAGAGGAAAUGAAAAGAAGAAAGCACAAUGAUGAUUGUCGAUUUUUGGAACCAUGUUUUUGUAAUGUUGUCGAAAAGUAGAAUUUACUUUUUAUGAUAUCGUGGCAUACCUUUCGAUAGGCUUGCAAGUGGGGGUAGCUUAGUAAGUAGUGGGCGCAACAUAUCAGAGUCGAAAAUAUUUUUAAUGCUGCCUCGGUGCUCAAGGCUUAAGGAGCUCUUAAUAGUCUUCUUGAUAAAAAUAGUUUUAAGGAAAUUAGUGCCGAUAGACGCUCAGUGAUAGUAUGAUGACGGUUAAGGAAGUAUCACUUGUGGCACUUUUUUGUAUUCAACAUUGCACCGUGUUGCCAGAGCAUUGUAGCACAAGUGCCAAAUAUCGUCUUUUUGUGUUGAUUUUUAUACAUCUUACAUUGGCUCGUCUUUUUCCAGUGGUAACGCACCUUAGCCAUUGGUUGAGGCAGGUUCGUUCUUUCUUUCUAUCGCAUAGCAUAGUUUUUGUUCACUGAUGGUGGCAAAUGAGAGCUAGGGCUGUUAGGACAGGAUAUCGAAUGUGCCAGAAUUGUGUUUUCCAAUAAGUACUGUAUGUACGCUGUGGAGUGUUUCAAUUUUCACCCUGGCUAUGACAUAGCAAAUUUUGACAUUUUCUUUCUAAAUCGCGCGACGCGUUUUCCACAGCAAGUGCCAUAUUAUUUUGUUGAGAAACGCAUUUAUUCAAAGUACAUGAGAGUCGACGGUGGUAGCAGAGUUAAACGCCAGCGAAGUGGUCCGAAGAGAGUUUACAGCGUUUGCGUAUGUUGUUCCGUGGUGAGGCACUGUAUGAAUAUAAGUCUUUGGUAAAUGAAAAGCAAACACUGAAGCUUUUGAAAGGAGGUGGUAGUCAAAUUAGAUUAUUACAUUUUCGUCCAUUGUUAUAGCCAGUGACAGGGACGUACAAAACCUUAGUUGCGUCUGCAGGCUGGGAGCAAUUUCUUGCCUGCUUGGGCUACUAGUCACUUAGUGAGUGUUACAUGAUUUACAUGCAUGGUUAUCGUUGUUUACGUUGAGGAAAGCGACUCAGGUAUGUUGAGAUGUCAUGUGUAAAGCAGGCUGAGAAAAUGGUUGAUAUGCGAUGGUUCAGGUAAGCACAGGAAAAGCUAUGCCCAGCUCUAAAGGAUAAUGUCUACACGGAAACAGCAUUAUAGACAUCAAAAUACCUCUUAAUGUUGCAUCAUUUGCUGUGGCACUCCAGUGAAUAUAUUCAAGAGCAUUUGAGUGCAUUUAGUUAUUGCGUGGAAUCAUAAAGGCGAACCUUGCUACGAGCGGGCAUAACACGCUUGCUUAAUUGUGUUUGUGCACCGCAUGCCUUGCAGCUUAUUUGGUCAUGUCUGCCGCGCUGGGGUCCUCGACUGUGUUUGAAUCACAUUUCCUAUCAUCGUUUGGCUACAGCUACAUGACAUAUUUGUUACUUUUCUAAAAGCAUUUAAUAGUUGUGCUUCGAUACACUGCAACUCAUAUUCUAUUCCAACGACAUCUGGUAGGGACGGCUGCUGACCUUGAUUUUUUUUCUUUUGUGUCCCCUCACUGGUAUCUGAAAGUCACAAACUUAAAUGUGAUUUUAUUUGCUUUUUUAUACCAUAAUGUGAACCAACGACAGUACACAUAAUGCAUCAUAUUGAGCAUUUUCUCAUACCUCACUGUUUUUGUUAUCCAUGUUGGUGUGUGGUUCACUAUGCAUUUAGCAACAGCAUUAGGCCAGACGUUGCAAUUUCGGACAGUUGUAGCGUAUAGUUUGAAAACAGCUGACAGAAGUGGCUAACAAAAGGCUAGAGUUUUAAGGUUUCCAUGUGACUUUGGCCUAUAUAUCUGUACGGACCACCUAUUUCAAACAAGGCUUAAAAGCGACCUGACGACAUUCCUGUUUGCAUUUUCGUCCAUUUAAUUCCUUCAUAAUCAUCUGUGUGUUCAUUUGUGUUAAGGUGCAACUACAAUGAUGAAAAAAGAGGCAAAGCAAAGAAACGACCACGUUGGCGAGUGACGUUGCAUGUCACCUUUAAACCGAUUCUCAUAGUAUAGUCAACAUUCCACGUCUUGUGCUCUACAAAUGCCUGUCCAAAUAACCUUUGUAUUCAUGUCGUUUUCUCAGUGUGGUUUGGAACGUGUAUAUCUUUACAUUUUCUAAAGAACAUACUUUACUGCCUUUUUGCCUUCUUGCUUUUUUGAGCAACCUGGUACUAGAAAGCAAGCUUGCUCGAGGUUUGACAGAAGACAACCUGUACAGCACUUUUUGGUCAAUAAAUUGUUUUUUGUACAAAUCUA